AUGAAGAAAACAGUAAUUCCCAAUAACAAAGGGAAGAGAGUUAUGAAGCACUCUGAAAUAAAUAAGAGGGAUGUUGAUGGCACUAUGGAAAUCCUCAGCAGGCUACCUGUGCGGUCUCUUCUACGAUUCAAAUCUGUUUCGAAGUUUUGGAUGACAUUGAUAUCUGAGCCUUACUUUACAUUGAAGCAUCUCAAUCGUGCCAAGAAUGAUCAAAAUUCUCAAAGAUUUCUUUUCAACGCAUUGAGGAAGUACAAAAACUUGAUUGUCCUUCAAAUGCUGAACUAUGGCGUUGCUUCUUAUAUUGUUGUUAUGAUAGCUUGGCGCUUAUCGGGGUUUAUAAUUAUCGUGAUCAUACCCAUCAACUUUGUCUAUGGAACCAAUCCACCAGAGAAUCAAUAUGAAAUUCUCACGUUGAAAAGUGGCUCCUGGAGAUUAACGAAUAAAUAUCCUAUCGGCGUUCACCCUGAAUUAUUAUGUACGGACUCUUUGGUAUUUGUGCACGGAACAUUUCAUUGGAUCAAUGAUAUAACAAGAUUUACGGUGACUGCAUUGAGUAUUUCAGGUGAGGUGUACAGAGAGAUACCGUUGCCAGAGCAAAUGCUCUCGAUUUACAACCAGACGUGGGGUGUUUCAGUUUUGACAGAAAAGCUUUGUGCUUAUGCUCAUUAUACGUCUCAAACUUUUAGGUUUUGGUCAUACCGAAAUAUAGGUUUACGGAUGGUGAAUUGCUACUCUGCUGAAGAGAUUUGGCUUUUCAUCCUGUCUUUAGGACAUCCAAAGGACCACUUGGAUUAUGUCCUCAAUCUAAUUCCUCUCAGAAAG